GGAGGACACACACAACAGAGGAGCGAGGCGGCGAGAACCAGGAGGAGGAAGGGCGGAACGAUGCAGUCGAAAAACCCACCAAAACGACGAAAAUCCCCCCGAAAAGCGACACCGGCCACGGCAGAUGACGGGGGAUAGACACGGCCUCGGAAAGGGGGGUACCCUUGAUGUUUCAUACAUUUUGACGAAGGAGUGUUGAAGAUGAAAGAUCAUCCACACUGAACAAAAUGGGUUGAUGUUUAUCCACCAUGGCGUUGUGAAUUGAUGGAAUGGCGUGAUUUGCACCACAAGAAGGACUUUGGAGAGAUUGACUGAGGUGAAGAUUGUGAAAUUUUGGACAAAAGAAGACAACUCUAACCCAUUCAACUGGAUUUUGCAGAAGUGGAGACAGCGUUGUUAAACAUGAAGAUGGCAAGUGAUUUGGCGGUUAGCCAAAUUUUGACAAGAUGAGACAUUUUUUGGACUGGAUUUUUGCAUUUGGAUUUUUGUUUUUUGACCGAAUGGACACUGGAACACCAUUUGUGGCUGUAUAGUGGACUCGUUCAUAACUUGGGACUGUUAUUUUUGGGACACACAAAAUCAGCUUCUGUACAUUUGAUAUUCAGAUGUUGUUUUAAAUAAAGUGUAUGUCCUCGUAUUUUUCCUGACUUUGUUUCAUUAGCUAAUUUACCUGGAGAAAGAUGUACAGUAUUUGGGGUCAUACCUUGAUCAUAUUUUAGUCCACUAGCUUCGGAGGUUAAUUUAAAAUCAAAGUUAAUACAUACAAGAGAUUUGCCUUGUUCUCAACUGACGUUAGCAUCUGAGUUUCCCCAUAAACUUGAAUUCGUUAACACUUAUUGUUCGUUGAUGAGUCCACAUAAAUAAUACCCAGUCAUUAAGUUAAAAAAGAAAAUUAGCUCUACAGUUGGGAAGGCUAAAAACCACAAAUGUUGUUUAAUUUACACCCUUAUGUUUCAAUUAAACGGCAAAAUCUUCCCUGCAUCAUUAAAAAACCAACUUAAGAAUACAAUUAUUUGAAUAGGGAAUGUUGCAAUUAGUUUAGACUUUAGAUCUGAACAGAAAUGGUGACCAUAGACUCUCUAAAAUGGCUCCUGGUUGUCCUGUUUCCUGUCUGGGCAGGAAGUGAUGCAAGAGGUGGAAAAAAUAUUAUAUACUUUUACAUGCUCUCAUUAUUCUUACCUACAUGAAGUGGGAAGAAAGGUUUCACUUUCAGGCUUAUGUCCAGGGACUGAAAAUAUAUGUAAGUUUAUAUAAAAGCUAAUUUAAACAUAACAAAAGGGGUGGGACUUAAACAUCACCUGAGUGUGGGGUAAAUGGAAAUAACGUCAAUCAAAGGCAAAGCUUUCAGAGCUAGGAAGGAGCUCUAGAUGGCGGCUGAGCCUUGGGAAGGGUGCCACAGGCUUUCGUCAGACCGUUUUUCUCGCCUGUUUUUCGACCGAUUCCGCUUCGUUUUUAUUCCAAGUUAAUCGUUUUGGUCGUGCGAUCGGUGUUUUAACGGGAAUCUAUGGUUUUUGUGUGUUUUUGGGCUGUUUUUUCGAGCCGGAGGAGCAGUCUGUGCUGGCGGAGUGCUUGUCGUUGUUUUCCAUAGUGGGCUCUGGCAGCCAUGGCGCGCCUCCAUUUUUAGUGCUGCUCGCCUCUGUCUGAGUCUGACAGUACAUGAAGACUGCAAAGGCCUACAACGAUUUCGAAACAAGCCUUUUUCUUUAUAAUUUAUUCUUAAGUUAUUAUUAUUUUUUUACAGUUUGCUUUUUUUAUUCGAAUCGGAUAAAUAUUUAAACCCCCGUGUUUCCGCGAACGUUAAUCUAAUAGUUCAUUUAUAGGCUACCACCUUUCUUCACUCUGAAUUGGUAUGUUUACAUUGUGUAAUACAUAAAUUACUGAUUUUCUUAUGCUUAAAUUUAUUUUUUUCUAAUCCUCCAUGUGAUGACGCAGUUAAAAUUAAUUGCAUGCGGCUUGAUCCGUGGACUAUACUGAAAGACACGUUGGAUGUUUAACUUAUUAUAACACCGCCUGUCAUUUUUAUUAAAUAUAUUUCAAUCAUCGGUGUAAAUAAUGACCAUUAAAUCUUUCGAAUUAAUACAUGUUUCUGUAGUCGUGUCGCACCGCCUGGGUUUAAAGUGCCACCUGAGCAAAGGCAGUUUUAUGGGACUUAUAUGAUAGUUGAUGCCUCCUGUAACUUUUUGACAGUAAAUACCAAGACAAAAGAUCAUACCUUCAAACAUUUCAGGAUACUACAAUGAUGAAGAAUAAAAGUAAAAAACAAGAGGAUGAAGGUUCGACUCAAAGCAAUGCAUCAAGCAAUUCAGCGUCAGAAGAAUCCAACCACUCUGCGUCGGAGUCAGGAAGUCAGUCAGAGAGUGAGCAUGGCAGUGAGCGGAGGAGAUCUCACAACUCUGAAUCAAACAGCUCCUCAGAGUCAGAAAGUCACUCAGAGUCAGAGUGUGAGUCUGCAGGGUCCAAAUCACAGCAACCGGCAGAAGUCAAAGACAAGCCUGUUGGGAAAAAGGAACGUCUGGCAGAUGUAAAGAAGAUGUGGGAGGAACAUCCAGACAUGUAUGGCGUCAGAAGGUCAAAUCGCAGCAGACAGGAGCCAGCUCGCUUAAACAUCGGAGCUGGGGGCAGCAGUGAUUCUGAGAGUGAAAGUCCCAAGAGAAAAGGAACACGAGCUAAAAAAAAGGAAAAUAUCUGGAAAGAUGAUGACUCAAAUGAUGAAGAGGAGGAGGAGGAAGAGUCCGACAGUACAGACAGUGAGCAGGAAGAGAAAAAAGUUAGAUCCAGACGACUUCCUGCUAGAAGACCUCAGACCAAAUCAUCAACAGGCAAAAAGCAGCUGUCUUCGAAAGCAAGGAAAUCCAGGAAGCAGGAAUCAUCUGCAGAAGAAGACGAUGAUGACGACGACGAUGAUGAUGAUGACGAUGAAGACACUCCAAAGAGACAAACUCGAAGACGGGGUGCGACAAAAGUGAAAAGCUACAAAGAGGACCAACACGACUUUGAAACAGAUUCCGAUGACUUGAUUGAGAUGACGGGUGAUGCAGGAGAGGAGCAGCAGGACGACGACAGCGAGACCAUUGAGAAAGUCAUGGACACCAGAAUAGGCAAAAAAGGAGCCACUGGGGCUUCUACUACGGUGUAUGCUGUGGAGGAAAAUGGGGACCCAUGUGAAGGCUUUGACGCUGAAAAUGAUGAAGGGGAAACUCAGUAUUUGAUCAAGUGGAAGGGCUGGUCCUACAUCCACAACACAUGGGAGAGCAUGGACUCUCUAACGCUGCAGAAGGUCAAGGGACUUAAGAAACUGGACAACUUCAAAAAGAAAAACGACGAGCUCAAUUCAUGGCUGAAAAAGGCAUCGCCUGAAGAUGUUGAGUUUCAUAACUGUCAGCAGGAGCUUAUAGGGGACUUGAACAAGCAGUUUCAGAUUGUGGAGCGUAUUAUUUCAACAAAAACUGGAAAGACACAAGGAACAUCAGACUUCCCGUCUCACAGCCAUAAAACAUCAUCCUCCUCCAAUGAGCCAGAGUAUCUAUGCAAAUGGAUGGGUUUACCCUAUUCAGAGUGCAGCUGGGAAGACGGAGCCCUGGUCCAAAAGAAGUUUCAGCACUGUAUAGACAGCUUCAUGAACCGAAACUCCAGUAAAACCGUCCCAUCAAAAGACUGCAAAGUAUUAAAGCAAAGGCCGAGAUUUGUGGCUCUAAAGAAACAACCUUCAUAUAUCGGGGAUGAAAAUCUGGAGUUGAGAGAUUAUCAGCUCGAUGGGUUGAACUGGCUGGCUCAUUCCUGGUGCAGGUGUAACAGUGUUAUCCUGGCUGAUGAAAUGGGACUGGGGAAGACUAUCCAGACCAUCUCCUUCCUGUCCUACCUGUUCCACCAGCACCAGCUCUACGGGCCCUUCUUACUGGUGGUGCCUCUGUCCACGCUCACCUCCUGGCAGAGGGAGUUCGACACCUGGGCUCCAGACAUGAACGUGGUGGUCUACCUCGGUGACGUCAUGAGCAGGAAAACAAUCCGUGACUACGAGUGGGUGAACCAUCAAACGAAGAGAAUCCGCUUCAAUGCACUUUUAACCACUUAUGAAAUUCUACUGAAAGACAAGGGGGUGCUUGGGAACAUCAACUGGGCAUUCCUGGGUGUGGAUGAAGCCCACAGGCUGAAGAAUGACGACUCUCUGCUGUAUAAAACAUUAAUGGAGUUCAGGUCCAACCACAGACUCCUCAUUACUGGCACUCCUCUGCAGAACUCUCUCAAAGAGCUUUGGUCACUUUUGCACUUCCUCAUGCCUGACAAGUUUGAUUCCUGGGAGGAUUUCGAGGAUGAGCACGGGAAAGGAAGGGAAAAUGGUUAUCAGAGCCUCCACAAAGUCCUUGAACCAUUCCUUCUCCGUCGCGUCAAGAAAGAUGUGGAAAAAUCUCUGCCCGCCAAAGUGGAGCAGAUCCUCCGAGUGGACAUGUCUGCGCAACAGAAACAGUUUUACAAGUGGAUUUUAACAAGGAAUUACAAAGCGCUUGCCAAAGGCACCCGAGGCAGCUCUACUGGUUUCCUAAACAUCGUUAUGGAGCUAAAAAAGUGCUGUAACCAUAGUUUUCUCAUAAAACAGCCUGAGGAUGGAGACACUGAAGUGCAACAGGAACUCCUUCAGAGUCUUGUUAGGGGCAGUGGGAAGCUGGUGUUGCUGGACAAACUGUUGACCAGACUCAGAGAAAGAGGAAACAGAGUCCUGAUCUUCUCCCAGAUGGUCAGGAUGCUGGACAUUUUGGCUGAGUACCUCGCCAAGAAACGCUACCCAUUCCAGCGCUUGGACGGUUCCAUAAAGGGAGAAAUCCGCAAGCAAGCUCUUGACCAUUUUAAUGCAGAAGGCUCAGAGGACUUCUGCUUCCUGCUUUCGACCAGAGCUGGGGGUUUAGGAAUAAACUUGGCCUCUGCAGACACUGUGGUCAUCUUUGACUCUGACUGGAACCCUCAAAACGACCUGCAGGCACAAGCCAGGGCUCACAGGAUUGGUCAGAAGAAACAGGUGAACAUUUAUCGGCUGGUGACCAAAGGAACAGUGGAGGAGGACAUCAUUGAGAGAGCAAAAAAGAAGAUGGUUUUGGACCAUCUAGUCAUCCAGAGAAUGGACACCACUGGUCGAACUGUACUGGACAGCAACUCAGGAACCACAAACUCAAAUCCAUUCAAUAAAGAAGAACUGACGGCCAUCCUUAAGUUUGGUGCAGAGGACCUUUUCAAAGAGGCAGAGGGGGAGGAGUCUGAACCCCAGGAGAUGGAUAUUGAUGAGAUUCUGAGAUUGGCUGAAACAAGAGAAAGUGACCAGGGCUCAAGUGCUACAGAUGAACUUCUAUCUCAGUUCAAGGUUGCCAAUUUCUCCAGCAUGGAGGAGACCACUCCAGAGUUUGAGGAGAAGCCCAUGCGGGAAUGGGAUGAUAUUAUUCCAGAAGAGCAGCGACGCAAAAUUGAGGAGGAGGAGAAGCAGCGGGAGAUGGAGGACAUCUUCAUGCUGCCCAGGAGCAGGAGCUCUAACAAGCGGGCUCAGGCCAAUGAUAGCGACAGCGACGUGGGCUCCAAACUUAAGAACCGUUCUUCGGGCUCCGACAGUGAGACGGAUGAUAGCGACGAUGAUAAAAAGCCAAAGAGGAGAGGCAGGCCGAGAGCCCGCAAGAACAACGUGGAAGGUUUCACUGAUGCAGAGAUCCGCAGAUUCAUUAAAGCAUACAAGAAAUUUGGAUCCCCACUUGACAGGUUAGAAGCCAUUGCCCGAGACUCUGAGCUGGUGGACAAAUCCAUAGCAGAUCUGAAGAGACUGGGUGAACUGAUUCAUAGUAGCUGUGUGACUGCAGUGCAGGAACACGAGGAACAACUUAAAGAGAAUCCAGUUGAAGCCAAAGGUCCUGGGAAAAGGCGAGGAAUUAAUAUCAAGAUCUCAGGAGUGCAAGUCAACGCCAAGUCCAUCAUCCAGCACGAGGAGGAGUUUGAGCCCCUGCACAAAGCGGUGCCUGCUAACCCCGCUGAGAGGAAUAAGUUCAAGCUGACAUGUCGGGUCAAGGUGGCCCACUUUGAUGUAGACUGGGAUCUGCAGGAUGACAUUCAGCUCUUACUUGGCAUCUAUGAGCACGGCUUCAGCAACUGGGAUCUGAUCAAGACCGAUCCUGACCUGAAGCUGGCUGAUAAGAUUCUCCCAGAUGAUCCCAGCAAAAAGCCUCAGGCCAAGCAGUUACAAGCCAGAGCCGAGUACCUUCUGAAGAUGCUGAAAAAAGAACAAGAUAAUACAGAUCUGUCCAAGUCCGGGGAGGAGGUCAAAGUGAAGAAGAGGAAGCCUCGGGUGAAAAAGGAGAAUAAGAUUCUCAAGGAUGAGCAAGGCAACGAAAUCUCCUCCCCCCGCCUGUCCGACAACCCAUCAGAGGAGGGCGAGGUGAAGGAUGAUGGAACAGAGAAGUCCCCUGCCAAGAAGAGACAAAAGAAAAAAGAUAACAAAGAGAACAAAGAGAAACAGGGAACUCCUAAAAAGGAGAAAGACGGCGACAAAGAAAAGAAGGGUACCAAGCCCAGGAAAGAAAAGGCUAAAGGAGCCAAAGGGAAGAAGAAUCAAGGUCCGGUUCACAUCACAGCUGGUUCUGAGCCCGUCCCCAUCGAAGGAAAAGAAGACGACGAACUAGACCAGGAGACUUUCAGUAUUUGUAAGGAGAGGAUGAGGCCGGUGAAAAAGGCCCUGAAGCAGCUGGACAAACCGGACGAAGGCCUGUCGGACCAGGAGCAGCUCCAGCACACACGCACAUGUCUACUGAAGAUCGGAGACCGCAUCACAGAGUGCCUUAAAGCCUACAACGACCCAGAACACGUCAAGAUCUGGCGACGAAACCUCUGGAUUUUUGUGUCUAAGUUUACCGAGUUUGGUGCGAGGAAGCUUCACAAACUUUACAAAAUGGCACAAAAGAAGCGAUCACAUGAGGAGGAGAAGGAGCAUAAGAAACGAGAGGACCACGGAGGGAAAGGGAAAUCCUUCAGACCAGAACCUUCUGGCUCCAGUCGAGAUUCCACGAGUACCCAGUCGUCCUCGAAACCUCCAUCUCACGCCGGUGGGCCGGGCCCCCAUGGACACCACCGAGAACCGUACAGCGUGGGCAGCAAGAGGCACUUUGGCAAUGAGGACCGGGGAGAGUGGCAGAGGGAUCGUAAAUACAAUUACCCAGGUAACAGCAACCAGCCGUGGCAGGGAGAUCGGCAUCAUCCGUACGACCCUCAUCGUUACAAGGAUCACUACAGUGAUCGACGGCCUCACUCAGACACUUAUCGCAGCUCGGGCAGUUACCGCAACAAUAACUCCCCUCGAAAAAGGCCGUAUGAGCAGUACAGCAACGACCGGGACCACAGGGGCCACCGACCCUAUUACGACAGGCAUCCGGACCCCAAACGAAGACGCCCUGAUGACUUUCGUUCCAACUACCACCAGGGUCGUGAAGGCCCCCUCCAGGACUUCAGGAGGAUGCCGGAGCACAGGCAACCAGGUCCGCCCGGCCCAGACCACUACAGGUCUUUCCACUCUGACAAACCCCCUCCUCUUCUGGACCCCCGCUCCCCCCAGGCUCAGAAGUCUCCCCAGGACUCCCGCUCACCGCUGGAGAGACCCGUAGACCCAAACGCAGGAGCAGACCCAAACUGGAACAACAGGAAGACAUAAAGUCUGCUGCGCCGCCUCAGACACCCAUCUGUUGUUGUUGUCCGGGGUCAAAGCCACAUGCUGCUGUAAAGACAAGUCUGGACUUGCCAAUUAUAAGCUCACAGUUGGAAAGGGAAUCAAAAUGUACCCUCUUUACCAGCAAAACCAAACUCCUUUUGCUCUCAUCCUCCCAGUGACUGUGGCUGUGAAGAAUUUGUGCCCUGAAGGAAGAAUGUGUUUCCUCCUGACAUUAUUAUGAAUAAGAAGCAUCUUUAUUUAUAAGAAUUGACUCAACCAGUCAAUGACGGUAAAACUGAGUGGAACGCUUACGGAUGCUUAGUCCCAUGGACUAUUAUCUAAAGGAAAUUUAGGAUACAUGAACUGAAGACUGAUCUCAAUCCUAAAAGUGCCUGAAGGUUUUGGCCUUUUUGAAUGGAAAAUGUAUGGGAUUAUUCCCAAAAGAACCCCGACAUGGACAUUAUUUUUUUUUUAUGUUUAGCUUUAAGUCUCGUGAAUGAUGUCAUUGGAGGAUUUCAGUACAAAAGAAUGUGUAAUAUGUUCUCAUCUGCACCUUCAAAUGUAGCUGCAGCUGAAUCAUGGAGUCACAUGUCUGUUUAAACGGAGGCAUGAUGGGAACUGAAAAAUUAUGAUCAAUCACGCCGGUCUGCGUACUCUGCAACACUCUGAAACGAUUUUAUGGAAUCCUUUCUCACAUGUACAGAUAAUCAUUAUUUCUGUAAUUGUGUAGCUGUAUACGUCAUUGCAGUCCUCUUGCUUUGUUCACUAUAACCACUUUCUUAGUAGGUCCGAUGCAAUGGAAGCUCUGUAAGCAGUAUUUAUUGCAACAACAUGUGCAAGGUUCAUAACACUAUAACUUAGUAAACGCUUUAUUUUGCCUUUCAGUAUUAUCAUGGUUAAGUGUAGAUUCAUGAGCUCACCACCUGUGUAAGUACUCAGCUACGUCUGAAAAUACUACAGUAGAAACAUUUUCUUUCCUAGUCUGCCGGUUGGUCCGAUCUUUGAUUGACAGAUUGCUCGGCUGGUCGGUCGUUGAAGGGUUAUCUGGAUGUUGCUAAUGACAUUUAUUAACAUUUGUCACUUUUUCCUGUGCCAAUUCUGGUCCUGCUCUGGCCCGUUUCUUUUUCCUUUAAAUGCUUUUCCAUUUGUGCCUUAUUUAUGUGUGUAUUAUCAUACUGUGUAUUGGUUCAUGGACAGUAUGGGGUCAGAUACAGGCAGGAUGUAGUAUUAAGCCACAGCACUCUGGACUGGCUGAAACAGCUGAGUGCAAAGCAGUGAAGGGACCACGCUGGAAUACUGUGUGGUUCUGAGAUUUCUUAAGAGAUGAUGGUGAUCUGAGGGGAAACGUAAACAUUAAUGAAAUGAAUCAUGGGUGUUUUUGUCCAGGGCACUGGUCCAGCCAACCUGUUGCAGUGAACAGCCAGCACAUCUUCCACAUUUAAAAAAAAAAAGCUACAGUUCCUGUAUCAUAUGUUGUUUAAAAAAGUCUAAAUAAUUUAUAUUUGUGACAAAACCACUCUUCAUGAGACAUGUGCUGUACAUAUGUUUGGACAUAUGUAAUAAACUUUGUUACACUAUGA